GCCCCGGAUGAUGCUCGCACCGGAAGAGAAGGGGCAGCUUUUCCAGCCAUCUUGUGGCAGCAUCCAGCGAACCGGUCGCAUCAAGCCUCGUAGAAUCGGAGGUGAAUCCCGUUGAAGGGGCGCCAUCAUGCCCGGACACUUGCAAGAAGGCUUCGGCUGCGUCGUAACCAACAGGUUCGACCAGUUAUUUGACGACGAGUCCGACCCGUUCGAGGUCCUGAGAGCCGCCGAAAACAAGAAGAAGGAGGGGGCCGCCGCUGGUUCCACCAAGACCGCGGCUCAAGCCGCCAAGCAGCCCAAGAAGGAGUCACAGAACGACAGGAAAAACCCGCUGCUUGACAAAAAGGAUGAGUCGCAAGCACCGGUUCCCCUAAAGAAAGAAGGAAUCAGACGAGUGGGCAGAAGACCAGACCAACAGGGCCAGCCUGGAUCCCAGCACCAGGGGGGUCAGGGAGAGGGGCGACCCGGGGACAAAAGGCCAGACCGGAGACCUCCACGUGAGCGCCGCUUUGAGAAACCUGCUGAGGACAAGCCGGAGGCAGGAGGAGAGUUCCCUGCAGACAAGCCUUCCAGUGACAGGCCACCACGAGGGCGUGGGGGUGGCAGGGGUGGCCGUGGUGGAAGAGGACGGGGCAUGGGCCGGGAAGGCUUUGAUUCACGCGGAAAACGAGACUUCGACAGGCACAGCGCCAGCGACAAAUCCAGCAGCAAUCCAAAAAGUGAGGAGAAGCGUGGAGGAGGCGGCUCACACAACUGGGGCAACGUGAAAGAUGAAGUAAAUGAGGCUGAACAGACUGCAGCUCCUGAGACGACUCCAGAGGGGGAAGAGAACACACCUGCUGGCUCCGAGAACAAAGAAAAUGAAGUCGAAGAAGUGAAACCCGAAGGGCCCAAAGAGAUGACGCUGGACGAGUGGAAGGCAAUGCAGGACAAGGAGCGGACCAAGGUGGAGUUCAACAUCCGCAAGCCCAACGAGGGAACUGACAGCCAGUGGAAGAAAGGAUACGUGCUGCACAAAUCAAAGAGUGAAGACCGGCCUGUCGGAGCUUUGAUCGAUUCUUCAGAGAUGGAGGCGGAGUCUCAGGCUCUUUUCAACAAGUUUAACCAACCCGAAUCCUUCGAGCAGGGCACCCCUGAUGAGUCCGGUGAACACCAUUUCCGCAAACCAGCCAACGACAUCACGUCCCAGCUGGAGAUCAACUUUGGAGACCUGGGCCGCCCCGGUCGCGGGCGUGGGGGCGCCCGUGGAGGGAGGGGAGGCCGCGGCGGGGGAGGCAGCAGGACGGCACGCGGGGGAGGACGCUCCGAAAAGGCCAGCGGAGGAGCAUCAGUCCCCAACGUGGAUGAUCCCGAGGCCUUCCCAGCUCUGUCUUAAAUGCGCCACCUUUCACCACCAGCCCGCCCAUCUGCCCUUCCGGGCCCCUCCUCUACGAGGCUUGCAUGCUUGCCACAUCUUUAAGUAUACGAGAAAACAAAAAAGAGAAAAAAAUGUAACGACAACAAAAAAGAGAGACUCAUUCCAUUUUACCCACAACACCAGAGGACAAAAAAUUUUAUCCGUUUUAAAGAAAAAGAGGAGCUAAAGGUGGAAAAGGACCUCUUGUUACACUGAAGUUUUAUAUUUAGGAACAUGAAAGCAGGGAUUUUUUUUUUUCUGGAGAUUACGCAGACUUCAUUCAUAUUUUUUUGUGCUGCUUGAAUUGAUGCAUUUCUGCAGUUAGAUUGAAGUGUGUGCAUAUGUUUCCCUCCAAAAGCUUCGCUUUGUUAUUAUUAUUAUUUUUUUAUUCUUUCCACCUUGUGGCUCAACGUUUUGAGCUCAAGUGUAGAGAAGACCUUCGACUUUUUCUCCACAUCGCCGACCCCGGCGUGAAACGACACUACAUGAGAAACAGUAGAACAUGCUUUGAAAGUGUAAUUAUUCGGGUUCUGAAUACUCACUGAUGAUGGGUAACCAGCAAAGUGACUUCAUGCUUUGUAUAUUUUUUUUCCCGCUUUUGUGCAGUGACAGUUGAUGCCUCUCUUUUUUUUUCUUUUCUUUUUUUAAGUCUUUUGUUUUAGUAUUGCCUUGCUUCCCUGAUCCAGAUGUGCUACCUGUGAUUUCAGGGCAUUCCAGAGCCCUGUGUAUCUUUAGGCUGGUCCUUUUAGGUCACACAGACUGCUACUUGUACCUGCAGGACCACUGAGCAAAUAUUGUAUGUUUUUGUUGAUGUGUGUGUGCGCGCGUAUGUGAGUGUGUGUGUGUAACAAAAGCUUCAGACUGGAUGUGAAGAAUUUGACAGCUAGUUACUUAGACUUUAAGUAUUCCUCUGGAUUUGAAGUUGCUGUUCUUCUAUGGCUGAGUGCAGAAAUAGUUCUGUCUUUUGAGCAUACAUGUAGAUGAGCGUGCUGAACGCACCAUAUCUUUCCCCCUACAGUAUCUGUGCUGUUUGUCCGAUGUCAAACUAGGAGUUUAUCAUCAGCAUUUUUUCGGAAAAUUGUUUCAAAUCUUAUUUUUGAAAGCCCUUUUUUUUUCUUCUUUUUUUUCGGUGCAGAAACAUGGACAUACAUGUGUCAUGGUGGAACAAUCACGCCCCACAGAAUGUAAUGUAAGAUAACGAUGCCCUCAGCCAUCUGUGACAGCAUUCCCAGCAAGCGUUUACUUUUAAUAAAGGGGGUUAUAUUUGAAUUUUGGGAGGGGUUAAGAGGCAGCAUGGGGGGGGGUCAAAACAUGAAGUGAACUUAAAGCUUUACUGUGCAACGGCUUGCUGGCACUGAAACAGACGGCUGAGCAGUUUUCCUGUCAGACUGUUUGAGCCACAUGAUGACAAAACUUUCUGCAAGCAUCCCUGCUCUAAUAAAUUGCUUUAGAGGUGUUAA